CUUUGGCCAUUGAGCAAACACGGACUGAGUCGAUUGCCACAUUUUUCUUUUAGGGAGUCAUAAGGCCAGUUAAUGAUUAGGAUAGUAAAAGCAAAUAUUCGUGCCUGUCAGGGGCUGGUUUGUUUGGCUUUUCCACUAAGAAGGAGUUCAAUUCAUCCCUAUGCCAAAGGAGACCCACUUCACCAUGACCAACAGUCUCAGAAGAUGCCUCUGUUUCUUGGGGAUAUUGUUAUUCUCUAAUGGUUCAGGUCAUGAGCUUCCCCUUGUACAACAGAAAUGCACUGACUAUCAGAAUGCCAAUUUUCUAUGGGGCACUAACCUCAAAGUCCAGUUCCUCCUCUUCACUCCUUUGGAUCCUGGUUGUGGAAAGCUAGUAAGAGAAAGUAGUGACCUUCAGAAUUCUGGAUUUAACACUUCUCUGGAAACCAAGUUAAUUAUCCAUGGAUUCAGGUUUUUAGGAACAAAGCCAUCUUGGAUUGAUAAAUUCAUCCAUACUCUUCUACAUGUGGCAAAUGUGAACGUGAUUGCAGUAGACUGGGUUUAUGGAUCCACGGGUGUUUAUUACUCAGCUGUGGACAAUGUGAUAAAACUUGGUCUGGAAAUCUCCCAAUUCAUCAAAAAUCUACUGGUGCUUGGUAUAUCAAAGUCAUCUAUCCACAUCAUUGGGGUCAGCCUUGGAGCACACGUUGGAGGAAUGGUGGGAAAUUUUUAUAAAGGCCAGCUAGGAAGGAUAACAGGUCUGGAUCCUGCAGGGCCAGAGUACACCAAGGCUAGCCUUGAAGAACGACUGGAUCCUGGGGAUGCUUUAUUUGUGGAAGCCAUUCACACAGAUACAGACAAUUUGGGUAUCCGGAUUCCAGUAGGACAUGUGGACUACUUUGUCAAUGGUGGCCAAGACCAGCCAGGAUGUCCCUCGUUUAUUCAUGCAGGUUACAACUAUCUGAUUUGUGACCACAUGAGAGCCGUUCAUCUCUACAUCAGUGCAUUGGAGAAUUCCUGUCCACUCAUAGCCUUUCCUUGUACCAGCUUCAAGGAUUUCCUUUCAGGAGAUUGUCUGGAUUGUGCUAACCCUUUUCGGCAUUCCUGUCCCAGAAUCGGUUUACUGGAACAAGGAGGGAUCAAUAUGGAAAAGCUUCCCAAAGAAGUGAAAGUGUACCUACUGACCACUUCCAAGGCUCCAUACUGUCUCUAUUAUAGUCUCGUGGAGUUUCUUUUACUGAAGCAGAGAAACAAGAAAACCGAGAUUGAAGUCACUCUGCAUAGCAGUAAUCUCACAACUUCCAUUAAGAUCACCAUACCGAAAAACCAGUUGAUUGGCAAAGGACUGAUAGCCCACUCGACCCCACAUUGCCAUAUAAAUCAAGUGAUCCUGAAGGUUCUUUCCUCCAACCAAAUUUGGAAAAAAGACAUGAGUUCCAUCACUGGGACAUUCUGCGUCAUCCCUUUGCCUGCUAACCACAGUACGAAGAUGUGGUGCCGUUUCGAACCAAUGAGCUUGAAAAGAAAUGUAAAUGCUUUUGUAAACCUGGAAAUACCAUGUGCAUAGCAUAAUCCCUGAAAUUUGGAGGGGAACAAGUGAUUUGAUCCAGAUUGUUUUUAUCAGACUAAGUAUAAUAUCUCUUUGUCAUCUACUAAGUAGCACAAAACUGUCAGCAGAUUUUUAUUAAUGCGUUUUGUCUAGACAUAUGUGCCAAUUAGUUACCAAUAACAAUGCCCUCUCCUGCCCUGGAUCUUUUUUAUUAAAAAGCAGUAAUUAAACAAAGCCAUCUAAGAGUUGUUGUGCUUAAUAGUACACACAAUUUUUCAAGCUUUCCUCCUUCUUAAUUGAAAGGAAACAUAUCAUCUGGGACCAACACUGACCACUGCAAUUGACUCGAAUUUCUUUGCCUUUUAGGUUAUCUUUAUUUGAAUUAUUAAAGUCAUUAUGUAUUUUGUUCCA